UGAACGCAGGACUGGGGCGCGUCCGUCCCUUGAACGACCGGGGUGGACCGAGCGCGCUCGGCGCCUCAGCGGCGGAAAGGCCCCGUUAAAGCGCCACCCUUCGCUGAGAGCCAUCCCGAGGUGGGAUCCGGGUGUUAACGAGAUGGCGGGGGGGGGGGGGCACCCAAGCGUUGGGUCUUGCAAGGUCUUAUGUGGCUUAUUACAAGGUUUAAUGUGUCUGCUGCUAAUUUGAAAAGAAAAUGGAUGCAGAUACUUCUGUUGAUGUAUUUUCCAAAGCCCUGGAAGCUCCGAUGCUUCAGACAUCUAAGAUUUUAGAAGAACAGCUUGAUGCUGAAAUACAAAAAUUGGACCACAUGGAUGAAGAUGAACUGGAACUUCUCAAACGAAGAAGGCUUGAAGGCUUGAAGAAAGCUCAGCAACAAAAACAGGAAUGGCUUUCGAAAGGACAUGGAGAAUACCAAGAAAUCCCCAGUGAGCGAGAUUUUUUUCAAGAAGUGAAAGGGAGCAAAAAUGUGGUCUGUCAUUUUUAUAAAGAUUCAACCUUCAGAUGUUUAAUAUUUGAUAAGCAUUUAACAAUACUUGCAAAAAAGCAUAUUGAGACUAAGUUUAUCAAGUUAAAUGUUGAAAAAUCACCAUUUCUUUGUGAGAGACUUCGCAUCAAGAUAAUUCCCACAUUAGCACUAGUAAAAGAUGGAAAAACUCAAGAUUAUGUUGUUGGAUUUACUGAUCUUGGCAACACAGAUGAAUUCACCACAGAAACUUUAGAAUGGAGAUUGGGUUGUGCAGAUAUCAUCAAGUACAGUGGCAACCUAAUGGAGCCGCCUUUCCAAAGCCAAAAGAAGUUUGGAACCUCUUUCACAAAAUUGGAUAAGAAAACAAUCAGAGGAAAGAAAUAUGAUUCAGAUUCUGAUGAAGAUUAGAAUUCAUGAUACAAAUAUUUGUAAACCAUUUUUCUUUUAUGUUUGAUACAUUUUUAGGAAUGUUUUAUACAGCUGUUUGCUUUCAGAACAUUUGCACAUGACACUCAUUUUCUAACAGUUUUAUAGAGCUCAUGAAAGGAAAUCUUAAAUAUUUCUUUCUCCUAGGAAAUAAUUUCUUAGUAAAGAAAUUUGAACCCUUUUAAACUGUGUAACAUGAGAGAUUACUUUUAACAUUUUCUUGAUUUAACAAUAGCUCUCUUAAAUUGCAUCUUAAAAUUUAUACCAUUUACCAUUAAGUUAUUAAUGAAAGACUUCUGUCAAGAAUUGUUAUUUAAACUAUUCUUGAAGUAGUGCAUUAAUAAAAGUCAUUCUAAUAAUACCAUGACUGUGACUGUGCAUGCUCUUAACUUCAUUGCACUACAUAUUAUAAAAUUCCUGUAGUUUUUCUUUAAAUUCAUUUUGCCAGCUGUGUACACUGCAUGUUAGAGCUGAAUUAGCAAUAAAUACUACAUGACAAAUAUACUGAACUAAAAUUCUGAGGCUUGAAGGACAGCUUUUUUU